AUGGCACAGAAUCUGGUCGUCUUGGGUGCCGGAGUAUCUGGACUGACCACAGCUCUUUUACUCGCGAGAAAGAACAGCGGGCAUGGAAGUCACAUCACAAUCGUAGCCAAACACAUGCCAGGCGACACCGACAUCGAAUAUGCUUCGCCCUGGGCUGGCGCCGACUUCAAUCCCUUCACGGCACGACGGCCUAGUGAAAAUAACGAGGAGCUGCGGAUAGCGCAGGAGUUCGAGAGGGUGAGCUGGCCCGAGUGGGCUAAGCUGGCGAGCGAUGUCCCAGAAGCUGGCGUUGGAUUUAGACGCAUAAUCCAAUAUCGAAGAAAGAAGGACGCCGUGAGGCCACCGAGCGAGUGGCUCGAGCCUUGUUGGGGUAUACAUGAGAUGCCCGAUUUCAGAAUGCUGGAAGAAGAUGAGCUUCCGGAUGGCAUUGAUGCCGGGUUGUCCGUCACUUCUAUCUGCAUCAACGUGACGAUAUAUCUUCCAUGGCUGGUGUCGCAGUGCCUGAAAUACGGCGUCGUCUUCAGAAGGGCAAUCGUGCAAAACAUCCUCGAUGCCGCGGACCUCCACCACUCCGGAAAGAAAGCAGACGUGAUCAUCAACUGCACAGGCCUUGGCUCUCUACGCAUCGGCGGAAUCGAAGACAAAAAGCUCUGCCCCGUGCGAGGACAGCUUGCUCUCGUGCGGAACUCGCCUCUCCAAAACCCAACCAUGUACUCGAUCUCAGGCACCGACGACGGGCCCGAAGAAUCCUCAUACAUCAUGCACCGUCCGGCUGCCGGAGGCUGCGUCAUCGGUGGCUGCCGACAAAGGGACAACUGGGAGAGUCAACCCGAUCCAAGCCUUGCUAUCCGUAUUAUGAAGCGGGCCAUUGAGCUGGAUCCUUCCUUGGUCCCGGAGGGCAGGGGUAUUGAGGCUUUGAGCGUCAUCCGUCAUACCGUUGGUCUGAGACCUCAGAGGGAGGGUGGCCUACGGGUGGAAAAGGAGGUGAUGGAGUCGAAAGAUGGGAAGAAGGUCAGGGUGGUGCACAACUAUGGGCAUGGAGGGGCUGGGUAUGAGAAGUCGUAUGGGUCUGCGAAGGCUGCGAUCCGGCUUGUCGAGGAGGCGUUGGUGGCGAAGUUGUAG